AUGACAAUACUCACUCGCGCCCCCGCGACUCUUUCGUCGCAGUUAUUUUCCACGGCCGUUCGGCGUAAUGCAUCAGCAGCUCGCUUUUUCCAUCACUCCCCGCUGAGGACAGCCAUUGCUCAUCCAAUUACCGCUCAUGGACCUCCCCCGAAAGCCCCUGCACCGGCCCCAGAAUUUGGGGAGCAGCAAGAACAGGAGCAGCCGCCGCAACAGCAGCAGCAACAAGCAGCGGAGGAAGAAACAAAAAUUGCCGAAACUGAAAAAGAGACUCCAGUGCGACCAUCGAAAAUCUCUGCUCUGAAAAAACGUUUUUGGAAAAAUGUCGAUGUCAAGAAGAAGCCGGAGGAAUAUCAAGUUUUGCUUGAUACCAGACCUGUCCGGACGCCGACUAAGGAUAUCCUCUCGAUCCCUCCAACCAAGCCUCAUCUGGCACACGCGAUUGCUCUGGAGUGGGAUGUGAUGACUUCAGCCCAACAAGCCCUCAAGCAUCAUAUGAUCCCGUUGACUUCGUUGACUGCACGCGGGGCGGACAUUGCUCGGGAAGAUACGCAAGGCCAGACCACCACCAGGGAACAAAUCGUGAGGACUACCAUGCGAUAUCUAGAUACCGAUACAUUGCUUUGCUGGGUUCCGGAGAAGAACCCGUAUUCGCCGCCGGAAGUGGAUGAGAAGGGCGAGAAGGUGGAGAGUCUCCGUGAUGUCCAGGAACGGGUGGCCAAGGACGUUAUUGCGUAUCUGAGCACCAAGGUCUGGCCAGGGAUUGAAAUCAAACCCAUCCUGGACGAGGGCAGCAUUAUCCCGGCUUCCCAACCGCAAGCUACGAAAGACAUUAUAAAGACAUGGAUCUACAACCUCCAGGCUUAUGAUCUAGCUGGCUUCGAGCGCGGAGUACUCGGUUCGAAGAGUUUACUCAUCGCCGCGAGAUUGGUGGCUGAAUGGAGCGAGAACUUCCGUCACGCGCAGAACGUGGAGCAGAGAAGGUUCGGUAUUGAGGAGGCCGCUGAAGCAUCGACCUUGGAAGUCAGGUGGCAGACUGACAUGUGGGGUGAGGUGGAGGAUACCCACGAUGUUGACAAGGAGGACGUCAAGAGACAGCUGGGCAGUGUGAUUGUCUUGGUCAGCGGAGAGACUCGAUAA